AUGGUAGAAAACAAGUCGAUAGGAGCUCAGAAUGACCUAAAUGUCAUUGCCCAAUCUCCAGUCUUCCACGAAGUGCUGCAAGGAAAAGCACUUAGAGUCAUAUAUUCAGUCAAUGGCCAUACAUACGACGGGCCGUAUUACCUUGCAAACGGCAUUUACCCAAGGUGGACAACGUUUGUCAAAACAGUCCCACAUCCACAAAGUGAAAAAGAAAAACACUUUGCAAAAUGUCAAAAGCGGUGUAGGAAGGAUGUGGAGCGUUGUUUUGGUAUCCUGCAAGUUCGUUGGGCGAUUGUCAGGUCAACUGCCAGAAUGUUUGAUGUCAAGGCACUUCGAUCCACCAUGAUGACGUGUAUCAUUCUCCAUAACAUGAUUGUGGAAGAUGAGUAUGAUUAUGAUAUCAUCGACGAAUACAAGCCGGACACAAUGAACAACUCAAAAACACCUAUCUAUUGUGCUCAUAAUGACACUGAAGAUCUCGUGCAACACGAGCCAUUCGAACUGGAUGGGCGUUACAAUCAAUUGAUCGCUGAGCGGUAUACUUCAUUGCAAGAGCCAUACUGGCACUGUACCCGUCAAGGUGACUUGAUUGAGCACCAGUGGGGAUUGCAACAAGGUCAAGAUAAUUAA